UACAAGGUUACAAACAUGCGAGUAAAUUUCUGGAAGUUGCAAAUGCUUUGUAUACCGAUUCACGAAUUUUUAGACGAAAAAAGUCGAAGAGUUCCGUCCCACGACGACGAGACUACAUACAUGUUCGAAGUAUCCGGCGAAUUCGCCCAGAUGCUCGCAACUAUUGGGAAGGGUCACGAGGACGAGCAAUUUUCUCGAGAAGUGGUGGCCACGUGGGUAGCCUUUGCUGCCACGGGGAAGCCAAACGGUCCUUGGGUUGAUUGGCCAGCGUAUAACGAGCAUGGUACAUCGCCCAAGAAGUGGAUGCAUAUCGAAAAAGGAGCAAAAGUUGAACCCAUUCCAGACUCGUGGGAAGUUAGUGAUAAAUUUUGGAAGGGUCUGAACAUCAAGGAACUUGGGGGGACGUGGAAGUCAGACGAAGCAUAGAUAAGGUGGGGUAGUGUAUUGUAUAAAUUCAUAAAGAUACAUUUUUUGCUGUAUGUAUCAAUUUGAAUGUCUUUAUUGUAGUAAAAGAUUUUUGAGUAAUGAAAGAAACAAA